AUAAAUUUAGCAAAUAAUACGUGUCUAUAUAUAUAGUACAUUCAACACCCAUCCUCAACCGCUGUAGUAUCAUAUCACAGUAGUUUGUAGUUGGGUGAAAUUCGAAUCGAAAGAAAGAAAUAAGCGAAUCGAAGAGAUCAGAAUCAGACAUGGCUCCGAUAGCAGUGGGAGACGUGAUUGCCGAUGGAAAGCUGGCCUAUUUCGACGAGAACGAUGAGCUCCAACACCUCUCCGUACACUCCAUCGCCGCCGGCAAGAAGGUCAUUCUCUUUGCCGUCCCCGGUGCCUUCACUCCUACUUGCAGCAUGAAGCAUGUCCCAGGUUUCAUUGAGAAAGCAGAGGAGCUGAAGGCAAAGGGUGUUGAUGAAAUCUUGUGUAUUAGUGUGAAUGACCCAUUUGUGAUGAAGGCAUGGGCUAAGACAUUCCCCGAGAACAAGCAUGUGAAGUUCCUUGCAGACGGUGCAGCAACCUAUACCCAUGCUCUCGGUCUUGAGCUUGACCUUGCAGAGAAAGGACUUGGAACUCGCUCUCGUAGGUUUGCUUUGUUGGUUGAUGAUCUCAAGGUGAAGGUUGCAAACAUUGAAUCAGGUGGAGAGUUCACUGUAUCCGGUGCUGAUGAGAUUCUCAAGGCUCUCUAAUUGCCCUGUCAACUCUUCUCUUCUCUUCUCUAUGAUUUCCAUUGUGAGUUCUGAUAUGAUGGCCUGGGUACUCGUUCUGUUGCUGCUGAUGUUUUUUAUUUUUAUUUUUCAAGCAGUAUGAAGUUUGUUAAGUGGAGUUUUUUACAAGUCUUUGUUGCACUUAUUUUUGUGGAGUUUAAGUGGAGUUUGCUAAUGUCAUAUGAGCUUUUUACAA